AUGCGGCUUCCCAAAGGUCUCGCUCUGCUGAGCCUCACGGCGCUUGUCGCGGCCGCGCCUCUGAAUCCUAGGGCUUCAAACGUCACCAGCGCAGAACCUGUUUUUGUCAACUCGGAUCCCAAGACCCCUUCAGCCGGAACAUCGACAGCUUCAGGGACAACACCUCAGCAAACUCCAGCCAAUGAGCCCCAUUUCAUGAAGCCGUCAUCAUCUCCGCAAGAGACAUCACAAAAAGCUUCGGCGCCAGAACCGGCAGCGGCAGCGCCAAAGUCAAGUACAACCCUACCGGUCAUAAUCAUCCCACCCCCAGCCGACGCCCCUUCCGGAACAGAACCCUCCAUCUUCACCCCAACACCUGACAGGCCAUCCCCGUCACCAUCGCCUCCCCCUCCACUGUCUAACGGCGGUCGCAGCGAUCUGAACCCGGACCUGGUCCCUUCGUUUGGCGUGAUACCCAACACGAACCGCGACGCGCAGCAGCCGGGUUCGUGCGACGGCUUCACGGGCGCCGAGAUCGUGUUGAUACCCUGCUCGUGCCCUCCCGACCGAGAGGUCUUCCUCUCGCGCCUGCGCGACGCAAUCGCCGUGGGCAGCUUUGUCGACGAGCCCGUCGUGUUCAGCAACGAUGCGUCAGACGACUCACCCGCGACCAACCGCGUCCGCGCCGACGCCAUGCUCGUCGUCCUGCAGAGCCUCAGUGGCGUCAGGGGCGUCGGAUGUCCGGCCGCCUCAGCGCCAAACUUUCUCGAGAUGCAGAGAUCGGGCGUCAGGAUCAAUGGGACUUUUAUCGCGGGUGAUUCCGUGUGA